AUGUCUCGCUUCGCUACCAUCGUUCUUGCGCUCUGCGCGCUCUUCGCGUUCGUCGCCGCCUCGCCCGUGACCACGAACAGCACCACCCUUGAAGCGCGCACCACCCACACCGGCAGGGGCACCUACUACGAAGUCGGCCUGGGUGCUUGCGGGUUCACCGACUCGGACAGCGACUACAUCGUUGCGAUCUCACAAGACAUCUACAACAGUGGUAACUGCAACCAGUACAUGCGCAUCGAGAACACUGCAACCGGCGUCGUCGCGUACGGCCAGACUCGCGACAAAUGCAUGGGCUGCGACUCGGAGGCCAUCGACUUGAGCCCUUCGCUGUUCCAGGCGCUCGGUGCCUCUCUCGACGAAGGCACCAUCACCGUUUCCUGGAACUUUAUGCCCUCGGACUUCAGCCCGUGA